AGCUUUUUGCCAACAAAGGAUCAGAUAUUAGAGGAAGUACGUUCAUGAGAAUUGCCGAAGAGAUUACCAUACUAUUUCCUAAUGAAAAGUCCGAAACAUAUUAUAUACCAUAUAUAGUUACGGAAAAAAAAAAGAGGGGCGUUGGUCCCAAAGGGAAACUAUGGUCAAGGUACACAAACGUACGCACUGCACUUCGAAACGCAAAUGCAUUUAAAGAAAAUGAAAAUCCCAAUAACCCGUCAGAACAAAGCCAAAGCCCAAAUAAAGAAUUACAGCUCGAGUUUUUAAAGACAGCUACCGAACCUUACCUGAAAAUCUUGGCAAAUUGGCAAGAAACUUAUUCGUUGCGAAGAAAAUUGUACCUUAAUUCCAACUUGGAAACGAUUUUCACAGACUUUCCAUGUCUUAGGUUGAGUAGUGGCAUUGAACUGAUAGAAACAGAUUUCAACCAAAAAUUUCCUGAUAAAAUAGAUAUUAUAUAUACAACAUGGCCUAAAGUGAUGAAUGCAAUUAAUAAAGAGGCAGCGGAACGAAAUAUUUCAAUAGCUGAAGUUGCAGAUCCCAGUUUAAAAGCAUUAAUUACUUUACCAUUCCUAUUUCAACCUGUAACGUUGAAAAAAAAUAGAAAAGGUGUUAGUUGGAGACCUACAAGGGUGGAAGUGCAGGAGAGCUUUUUUAUGCGAAUUUCUAAUUUUGACGAAUUACAAGAAAAAAGAUCAUCCAGACGUCAAAAAUUGUCAACGUAUGGUAUAUCGGACCAGCCAUAUGCUUGCGUAGCGGGGAAUUUGGAGGCUGUAAACAACUUCUACAUUGUCGUGGUAAAUGAUGUUGUUUACAAAGUAGACAGUAGCAUUAGAGCUCUGGAAUUAUUAUUUAAAUUAUACCACGCUUUGGAUGUGGAGUAUCCUGCAGAAUCCGAGCAUAUUUGGCUAUUUAUCCAAGAGAUUGUUUUUAAUAUAAAAUCAAGAUCAACCUACAUUUGGCAAAAUUAGGGAUAUUAUUAUUAACCAAAGUGAGAAGAUAUGUUUUAUAUGUGAAUUGUUGCAUACUAUUGGUUUUAAUCGUCACUUUUACGCUUUUGAAGUUGAACUUACUGAUAGUGUGGCAUUGACAUAUGGCAAUGAAUUAGAGUGUUAUAAUACGCAUACAAUAAUAGUUAAAGAGAAUAAGCAAUUUAUUUCAUUAUA